AUGGCUGUACAAGUAUCGUAUGACUUUAAAGAAAGUAUUGCCCUGACAAGUCUCACGAUUUAUCGUCUGACAUUUCAUCCUCUCGCAAAAUAUCCUGGUCCAUUCCUUGCGAAGAUCACAGAUUGGUACUCUGUAUAUCAUGCAUGGAAAGGCGAUAGACAUCUAGAGUUUUAUAGAUGUCAUGAGAAAUAUGCUUUAAAAACUAUCUAUGGUCAUAAGUCAAAUGUCAAGAAGUCUCAAUUCUACACCGUGUUUCCUCCAACAAAGGAUACAUUCAACACUCACAGCAGUAUCGACAAAGCUAGUCAUGCAAGAAAAAGAAGAGUUCUCUCCCAUGCGUUUUCAGACAAUGCUAUCAAGACCAUGGAGAAGUACAUUUUAGCAAAUGUUAGAACUUUCUGUACUAAUCUCGGUCAACCAAAAGCUUCAACAGAAAAAUCAUCCGGUGGAUGGAGUGUCGCUCAGAACAUGUCUGAUUGGUGUAACUACUUGACAUUUGAUGUCAUGGGUGAUCUUUGUUUUGGGAAAGCAUUUGAGAUGUUGGAAAAUUCAUCUAACCGUCAUGUGAUUGAUUUGAUUGGAAAUGCUGCUCACACUCACUUGAUUACUGGUACAUACCCUAUCAUUAAGACCAUUGGUUUGAGUAAAAUUCUCUUUCGCAAGAUCUAUGCUCAAAGAAUGAAGUACAUGGCAUACAGCAGAGCUCAAGCUACCGAAAGAACAAAGAUUGGACUUGAUACUGACCGCAAGGAUUUCUUUUACUAUCUCCUCAAUGCUCGUGAUUCAGAAACCGGUCAGGGAUUUACUACUCCAGAACUUUGGGGCGAGAGUAAUUUACUCAUUAUUGCUGGUUCUGAUACCACUUCAGCAGCUCUUUCCGCAGCUUUCUUCUACUUGGUUCAUAACCCUGAUAAAUUAGACAUUCUCACAAAGGAAAUCCUUUCCACCUUUUCUGAUCUCGAAGAGAUUCAUUCAAGUCCUACACUUAAUGGCUGUACAUACUUAAGAGCAGUUAUUGAUGAAUCCAUGCGCCUUUCACCACCCGUCGGCGGCAUUCUUCCCCGGGAAGUUCUUCCCGGCGGAAUCGACAUCGACGGCCUCCACAUUCCAGCGGGCUACGUAGUCGGCACUCCCCACUACGCCAUCCAUCACAAUCCAACCUAUUACCCCUCACCUUUCAUCUUCCUCCCCGAACGCUGGAUUCCUUCUUCGGCUCCUGGUAUCACAGCAGAUUCCGUAGCACUUGCUCAAAGUGCCUUUUGUCCUUUUAGUAUAGGUCCUCGAGGAUGCAUCGGAAAGGGAGUCGCGUAUGUAGAGUUAAUGACGAGUUUGGCUAGAGUCGUUUUUAUGUAUGAGAUUAGGAUGGCAAAGGGAUAUACAGUUGGAGAAGGAAAUGAGAAUUUGGAGGUGGGGAGACGGAGGAGGGAUGAGUUUCAGUUGAGGGAUAGUUUUACGAGUAUGAAGGAUGGUCCUUAUGUGGAGUUUAGGGCGAGGGCUAUGGCAUUUUAUGGCGAUAUUGUGGUAUUUGAGUAUGAGCUUUUGUUCGGAUUUGUUACCCGUCGUAACAUUCGUAUAACUGUGCCUCGAUCUACAUUAUUCGACAGAAUUCAAGGUCGUAGUAAUAUAGCUGAAAGUCGACCAAAAAGUCAUAAUUUGACUGAAUUAGAAGAGGAGGUGCUUAUUCAAUACAUUAUUGAUAUGGAUGAUAGAGGAUUUGCCCCUAAAUUAAAUAGUGUGGAAGAUAUGGCGAAUUAUAUGCUCGAAACACGGGGUGCGAAGAAGGUUGGAAAGCUCUGGGCUCAUCGCUUUGUAAAACGAUAUUCAGAAUUAAAGACGCGUUUUAAUCGUGUCUAUGACUUUCAAAGAGCUCUUUGCGAAGAUCCAGAGCUUAUUGAAGAGUGGUUUCGAUUAGUAUCGAAUAUGCGGGCGAAAUAUGGGAUUCAGGAUUGCGAUUUCUACAACUUCGACGAAACAGGCUUUAUGAUGGGUAUAAUAUGCCCCGGAAUGGUUGUAACUAGUGCUGAACGAAGUGGCAGAAGCAAGGCAAUACAACCAGGCAAUCGAGAGUGGGCUACAGCGAUUAUAUGUGGUAAUGGAGAGGGUGAAACUAUACCACCAUUUUUAGUGGUGCAAGGACAAUAUCACCUUUCUAAUUGGUAUACAGAGAGUGAUUUUCCUGCAGAUUGGGCUAUUAAACCUACUUCUAAUGGAUGGACGAAUAAUGAGACAGGUUUAGAAUGGUUAAAGCAUUUCGAUAAGCAUACUAGUCAACGGAGAAAGGGCAAAUAUCGAAUGCUAGUAUUGGAUGGGCAUGAAAGUCACGAAUCGAUACCUUUCCAGUCAUAUUGCAAGUCAAACGAUAUUAUAUGCAUAAAGUUACCAUCGCAUUCAAGUCACUUAACUCAACCACUUGAUAUUGGAUGUUUUAGCGUACUCAAACGUUCAUAUAGUUGUCAAAUUGAAGGAUUUAUCAAGGCUCAUAUCAAUCAUAUUUCUAAGGUUGAAUUCUUUAUAGCUUUCAAAGCUGCAUAUCAACAAUCGAUUACUAUUCAGAAUAUAAAAGCUGGUUUUCGAGGAGCAGGUCUAAUACCAUUUGAUCCUCAAUCUAUACUCUCAAAACUAGAUGUUAGGAUUCGUACUUCUACCCCUCCAUCUACCUCCUUGGAACUUACCAAUUUCUGGAUCUCUCAAACCCCUCACAAUCCAACUGAGGCUCUUUUACAAUCAACUCUAGUAAAAGCUCGAAUAGCUCGUCAUCAAUCAAGCUCUCCUACACCUAUAUUUGAGACUGUGCAAGCUUUAGCUAAAGGUACAGAGAGAUUGGCACAUGAAGUUACACUUUUGAGUGCUGAGAAUCGUAUGCUUCGAAGAGCAAAUGAAGCAUUAAGUAAACGUCGACGCGCUAAAAAAAUUCAACUACGUAAUGGAGGAGUACUUACUGGACAAGAAGCUGAAGAUAUAUUAUCACAACAAGAGGUUGAUAAUCAGAUUCAACGCGACGAGCGUCAAAAUGGGGGAAAUUCUAAUAGGGAAUCAUCUACUAGUCGAUGCUGUAGUAAGUGUGGAAAGACUGGUCAUAAUUCAAGAACCUGUCAAAAUAAUGCAAUAGAUGCUAGUUUAUUAGAUUCUUAA